UCCCGAGUAGUAUCCGAAAAUCAACGACACAAUAUUGGGUCGAUGUCAAAAGAUGGCUACUACUUGUGAUUUGUAGUUGUGCGAACAGACCGUGUGUGAGGAAAAACUAACAAAUUUUCUUCAGUUCUGUAUUCAUGGUCAAAAUUGUGAUUGCCUAUUUGUGUGUUAAGAAUUUUGUGUGAAAUAUUGGCAGAAAAUAGUGCAAUAAUCGAAUAAAAUGUCUGCCGAGCGUGAAAUUCCAGCCGAGGACAGUAUAAAGGUGGUGUGUCGUUUUCGGCCACUCAAUGACAGUGAGGAGAAGGCUGGCUCGAAAUUUAUUGUUAAAUUUCCCAACAAUCAGGAGGAAAAUUGCAUUUCAAUAGCGGGCAAAGUUUAUUUAUUCGACAAAGUAUUCAAACCAAAUGCAUCACAAGAAAAAGUGUACAAUGAAGCCGCCAAGUCAAUUGUUAGUGAUGUGCUCGCCGGAUACAAUGGUACAAUAUUUGCAUAUGGACAAACAUCGUCGGGUAAAACACAUACAAUGGAAGGUGUCAUAGGCGAUCCCACGAAACAAGGCAUAAUACCUCGCAUCGUCAAUGAUAUUUUCAACCACAUUUAUAGCAUGGAAGUGAAUCUUGAAUUUCAUAUAAAAGUCUCAUACUACGAGAUCUAUAUGGACAAAAUCAGAGAUUUGCUGGACGUAACUAAAAUCAAUUUAAGUGUUCAUGAAGACAAAAAUCGUGUGCCUUACGUGAAAGGGGCUACCGAACGGUUCGUAUCGAGUCCCGAAGAGGUAUUUGAGGUCAUCGAAGAGGGCAAAUCAAAUCGUCACGUUGCAGUCACAAACAUGAACGAACAUUCGUCGCGUUCACAUUCGGUGUUUCUGAUUAAUGUGAAACAGGAGAAUCUAGAGAACCAGAAAAAAUUGUCGGGCAAAUUGUAUUUGGUCGAUUUGGCCGGUUCGGAAAAGGUGUCGAAAACUGGUGCUGAAGGGUCUGUGCUGGAUGAAGCUAAAAAUAUUAACAAAUCGUUGUCGGCCUUGGGUAAUGUCAUUUCAGCGUUAGCUGAUGGAAACAAAUCGCACAUUCCGUAUCGUGACUCGAAAUUGACAAGAAUCUUACAAGAGUCACUUGGUGGUAAUGCGAGGACAACGAUUGUGAUCUGCUGUUCGCCGGCUAGUUUUAAUGAAUCGGAAACGAAGUCAACACUUGAUUUCGGUAAAAGAGCGAAGACUGUGAAAAAUGUUGUUUGUGUCAAUGAAGAGCUUACAGCAGAGGAAUGGAAACGACGUUACGAAAGGGAAAAAGAAAAGAGUGCUCGACUUAAGGGUAAAGUGGAGAAACUGGAAGCUGAACUGGCUAGAUGGAGAGCUGGUGAAACUGUUAGCGUCGAAGAACAAGCUAAUCUACAAGAUAUUAUGGAGGCUAGUACACCCAACUUAGAAGGUACCGUCGAAGCAGCAGCAGCACCAGUACCAGCAACACCAAGUAGUCUAACUAUGAUUGGAUCGAUUAGUGCCGAUGAACGUGCCCGUUUGGAAAGCGAACGGGAGCGUUUGUAUCAACAGUUGGAUGAAAAGGAUGAGGAAAUCAAUCAACAAUCGCAGUACGUGGAGAAGUUGAAGGAUCAAAUCAUGGAUCAAGAGGAGCUGAUAGCAAACGCUCGUCGAGAUUACGAAAAUUUGCAAGCAGAAAUGACCCGAAUCCAACAAGAGAACGAGAGCGCUAAGGAAGAGGUCAAAGAAGUGCUACAGGCUCUUGAAGAACUUGCCGUCAAUUAUGACCAAAAAAGUCAUGAAAUUGAAACGAAAAACAAAGAGAUGGAAAACAUUUCCGAAGAAUUAAUUCAGAAAGAGACCCUACUCAACACCACCUCAUCCGAAUUGCAACAGCUGAAAGAUAUGUCGGCCCACCAAAAGAAACGCAUCAACGAAAUGCUAAGCAAUUUGUUGCGCGAUCUAAAUGAUGUGGGACAGGCUCUGAGCACAGACAGUAAUACCGAUAUUAAGAUCAACGCCACAGACGUGACAACUGGCAAAGUGGAGGAAGAAUUUACCGUUGCUCGUCUGUUCAUCAGCAAAAUGAAGUCGGAAGCGAAAAACUUGGCACAGCGAUGUCAUAAUCUCGAAUCUCAUCAAACUGAUUCAAACAAAAAGGUUUCCGAAUACGAACGUGACUUAAGUGAGUGCCGGCUACUGAUUUCACAGCAUGAAGCCCGUAUGAAAUCGCUACAGGAAUCGAUGCGGGAGUCAGAAAAUAAGAAACGGACUCUGGAAGAAAACAUUGAUUCGUUGCGCGAGGAGUGUGCUAAAUUGAAAGCGGCCGAGCAUGUGUCUGCUGUCAAUGCUGAAGAGAAAGAAAAGGCGGAACAACUUCGAUCAAUGUUCGAUGGUCAAAUGGAUGAACUUCGAGGGGCUCAUACUAAACAGGUCGCAGAGCUCAGAGAUGAGAUUUCGGAAAAACAAGAAGCUAUUAAUGAGUUGAAAGACGUCAAUCAAAAACUCACACUCACUCACCAGCAAAUGGCUGCCGACUAUGAAAGACUACGCCAGGAGGAGACAGCCAAGUCAUCGAAGUUGCAGGAACUCACUCAAUUGAACGAAAAUCGUGAACAAGCGCGUAAGGAUCUUAAGGGAUUAGAAGACACCGUAGCCAAGGAAUUGCAGACACUACACAACUUACGGAAAUUGUUUGUGCAAGACCUACAAGCACGCAUCAAGAAAUCCAUUAACUCCGAAGAAGCUGAAGACGAUGGCGGCUCGUUGGCACAGAAGCAGAAAAUUUCAUUUUUGGAAAAUAAUUUGGAGCAAUUAACGAAGGUGCACAAACAACUUGUCCGUGAUAAUGCCGAUCUACGUUGUGAAUUGCCCAAAUUGGAGAAACGAUUGCGAACCACAAUGGAUCGUGUAAAGGCAUUGGAAACGGCACUGAAAGAGGCAAAAGAAGGUGCUAUGCGUGAUCGUAAACGAUACCAAUACGAGGUGGAUCGGAUCAAGGAGGCUGUACGUCAAAAGAAUUUGGCUCGCCGUGGUCCACAGCCGCAGAUCGCUAAACCGAUUCGAGCUGGUCAAGGACAUAUUGCAAGUGGUAUUCGUGGUGGCGGCGGAGUUCCAUUGACUCCGAAACCGAGAGAAAGCGAGAGUUGAAUUGACGAAUUUUUACCCCCAGAGAACCAGUGAACCAUCAAAAAACGAACCAUUUUAUUUAAAGCCAAUUUUCAAAUUAAAUGUAAAUGAAAGAAAAAACAUUUUAAAUGCGACAACAGCAACAACAAAUUCCCAUUUUCAAAUAAAAAAAAAAAUUAAAAGAAAAAUUAACAAAGAGAAACGAAAAAAAUGGUAAAAAUUAUUCUCUUAAAUAUAACAAACAAAAAUGCUUACUGUAGCUUGUCUAAAAACAAAUGAAUAUUUAUUGUUUCAUAAGAUCGUAAAGAAAACAACAACAAACAAACAAAUUAUGUAAUUGUCAAUGAAAAAAAAAUCCUACGUGCUAGAGUGACGUUAAAUUUGUAUUACGCGUUGCAGCCGCAGCCGCAGCAACAACAAAAACCCAACAACAAUAAAUUAAAGCUUUUUCUUGGUGUGGCAUUUUCCUCGCAUUUUUCAUUUCAUUUUUUUAUACACAGAGAAAAAUGUAAAAAGAAAAUUAUUUAUGAAAUGUCUGCUUUUUGGAGUAUAAAAAUAUAGUAUUUGAGAAUGAAAUAAACGUGAAGGCGCUACAAGGCACUUUUCAAUCUUUGAAACAAAAUAUAAUUUGAUUAUAGUAAACGAAAAGGAAAGAGGAAGGAACGAGAGAGGAAACAAAAAACAUUUUUAUGAUUUUUUGUACGAACAUUAACAAAGAGAAUGUUGGCAAGAAAACAUCCAUGUAAAAGUUAGUAAAUAUUUAUAGUGGACAGAGUUCUAUUUUUUAUAAUAAUCAACAACAAAACAAAAAUCAAUUUAAUUCGCUUUUCACAAGAAAAAAAAUUGUUGGUCCGGUUUUAAUGGGGUCUUGGUUGUGACACGGCCUUUGUUCCCAAAUUUACCAAUGGCAAACUCUAGCAAAUUUUGGAAAAUUUCAGCAAAUUCAGAAUAUCAAUUUCCUAAAAGUAGUCCCUGGUUGUGGUCGACAGAAACAGAAAAAAAAUUCUUUGACAGUCAACGGCUGAAACACAUCUUUCAACCUCUCAGAUCCAAAAUACUUGUUCAGAUAUAGGACAACAUUUCUGCCGUAAUUUUGAUAAAAAAAAACAAUUUCCAGUGGACAUAACAAAAGAUUUACCAAUAAUUCUUUUGUUAUUUCAUUGGAAAUUGUUUUUCUUCUGAAUUACGCCAGAUUUCGAGUCUUGCAUCUGCACAAAAAUAGGAUAUUUGUAACCUCCCCUAAUUGCUUUAUUCAACACUUCAUAUAAUUGACCAUUUACACAUUGUGUUUCGAACAUCUCUAACAUCUUCAAUUCGAUCAGUUCUUUGCAUACCUCAGUCAUAUUUUAAACAUUUCCAAGUACAUACUGAAAUAAUUGAAAAUCACUUUUCUUUUAUAUGACUGGUCAGAAUUAGUUGAAAAUCGAUAUAAUUUUCAUAUUUUGUUUUGAUUAUCUAGGACCUCAAACUUAAAUUGAAAGUAUAUUCAGUGGUCCACUUAUGUCACUGCUCAACCGAUUUUAAGGUAUAAUUGAAGGGAACUGAGAUGAAGUAAUGUUCUACAGUGAUCAGCCAAAACUCAUUAAUUUAAUAAGUGAAGGCUUGAGCCACGAGCAUUUAUUGAUCGAGCGUUUUGUUUGGUGACUAAACCCUUUUUUAUUAUGUGCAGUCGCUUUAAUUAACCGUCCACAUUUAUUUCAGAAUAAGUUCCAAGUUGUUUUAUGCUCAAUAAUUUGUGUUGACAAUUUAUGUUCAAUGAAUAUUGUUCAUUCGUAAAAUAUAGUGCGCGCAAGACUCCUUGUUAAUGGACAGUCUCUAAAAAGGUGUGAGGGAAGUAAUAUAGGCCAGUGAGAAAGGAAAUUGAGACCAGGAUUUUAGAGAAUCCAGUGACAUCGAGAUUUCACUCUAUAUUUCAUGGAACGAAUACCUUGAUCUAUAGUUAUUGAAUUUACUGAAAUGUACCCUAAUUUUACCAAACAUUUGCUGCAUUACCCGAAAUUCACCGAAAAAUGUUUUCGGUAAUUUUCAGUAAAUUUUCGGUAGGCAGAUUUAGGUGAUUGUCAAUGAUAACUCCAACAAUAAGCCCAGGUGAUUAUAGUUCAUAAAACAUGAAAAAUCACUUCAAUGCCACCCUAUAAUUUACGCCUGUAUACAUUGAAAAAUCUUAAAACAAUUUUAAAAUGAAGCCAUCUCUAUGGCUAAGCAUCCAGUUUUCGGCAUUUAUUGACUUUUUCUAGACGUUUUCUUAUAUUUGGAAUGAAAAUCGUGUCUUUGGUUUUCCUAUUUUUUGUUUUUUGAUUUUUAUUGUUUGUGAAGUAUUUGAUUUCCAACGUAUUUUGUAUUUUCCGAACUAAUGGCUAAGUAAUUAGUGAUAUUUUUAUAUAAAAUUUUUUUUAAGACUACGAUAGCAUUUUGAGUUCGAUUUAUCCAGAAAUUGUCUUCUGAAAACGAUAUCGACGAUUUUUCCUAAAAUUAAUCGAUUGCAAUCAAUUUCGAACGAAAAUCUUUCUUGACACAUAAAAAUGAAAACAAAAUUGAAGUACCGUGGGUGGGUAGUACAUACUAAUGUACGGACACAACAAAGUAUAAUGGAAUUAAUUUAAAAAAAAAAUAACGAGAAAAGAUUAACAGACAAAAUAUUUAUAGCAUCCCUCUGUAUUUCAAUGUUUUUUUUCUUUUCUUUUUGCUUUAAUAUUUACACAGCAACCUCAGGGAGGCCGACUAUUACAAUAAAACAAGAUGAGAAAAUUUAUUGUCAGAAAUGAAUUAAGUUCCUGGAGGAAUAAUGAAUUAUAUAAUUAAAAGCCCAUGAUGUACUUGUCCAAUUGAAUCAAUGAAACGUUGAGAAUGUUUUGAUUCGAAGAUCAAUAGUAUUUUUUUUCUCCUUCUAAGAAAUUUCAACGCUGUAAAGAUUUCUUUUGUAACAAAUUGGAGAAGAGAAAGAAAGAAAAAAAAAACUUUUUUUUUAUUUAUGUGAAAUGGAAUGAAUCAUUAAAUUAAAAACAAAAAUUAAUUAAUUUUUAAGUUAUUAGUCCUGAUUUACACGAACGACAACAAAAAAUAUUGAAA